CAACCCUCUGUGCCCCCAAGCCCGCUGAACACCGGACGCCGCACCCGUUCGUCGCCAACACGCACAUUGUGAGCGAAGAUCAUUCACGAAAAAACUUUGCUCUGAUCGGCGGACCUCAAGCACGUCACAAUCCUCUGAGCCGGAUGAUCCAACCCAGGCGCACGAAAUGUACCUACAGUGGGACAUCUUUCGCUCUGCGUGCCGUUCAUCAUCCGCUCGCGCGGGCAUUCCCGUAUCGAAAGGGGAAGGCUAGCUUGCAGCCUGAGGCCUGAUUUCAGCCUGAGGCCCAAGUAGAUCCCUGCCGUUAUCGGUCCUCCCACGGUGCAAAGCAAGUUUAUAGUCAUGAGCAGGAAUCCAAGAUAAAAAUAAUUACCAGCCGGCCCAUACGCCAGUUAAAAUUCCGAGACUCGCUCUGAGGAGUCGUCACGCAGAAUAAGCCUGUUGAUCCGCCGGAUUUUCUCGCUUGGCACUUGCAGCUCUCGUGGCAAUGUGCACCCGCGACGACAGCAAGUGGGAGGCCGAGCCUGGCUUCCAAGCUGCUAUGGAGGAGGCACGGCAAGGCUCGAAGGAAGGCGGCGUGCCUAUUGGAGCUUGUCUAGUCGGCGCAGACGGCAAAAUACUGGGGCGAGGUCACAACAUGCGCAUCCAAAAGGGCAGUCCGACGCUUCACGCUGAAAUAUCCGCUUUGGAAAACGCGGGGAGACUGCCCGGAUCUGUAUACAAGGGCGCGACCAUGUACACCAGCCUGAGCCCGUGCGACAUGUGCACAGGAGCCUGCGUCAUGUACGGCAUCAAGCGCGUCGUCAUCGGCGAGAACAAAACGUUCGUAGGUGGCGAGAAUUACCUCAAGACGCGAGGCAUCGAAGUUGUCGUGCUAGACUGCGCGGAGGGCAAGGAGCUCAUGGCCAAAUUCAUCAGAGAGAAACCGGAGGAGUGGUACGAGGACAUCGGCGAGAAUCCCCCUGCGUGAAUAGAGAGUCCGUCAAAGAUUCUACUUUCAUUUAUUUCUUUUUUUUCUCCUCCUUUCCCAUUUUAGGAUCUACG